CCUUCAAGCCCCCUGAAGAAUCUCCAAAUCUCAGAACUUCCCUGUCAUUGCAGCCUAGAGUGAGACCAUUGUGCUCAAGGAAACAUGGGGGUUUCAAACUCCACCACCAAUGGGACACAGGGCCCCUAUUCACCAGCUCUGUGAUCCCAGGCACAUUGCCGGACUACCUCAUGUCUCCGUUUUCCUGAUAUGUAUUAACGGCCGUGAUGACAGAUGGAUCUCCGAGGGCUGUGCCUGCCCUUGGACAAGGACCCAAUGCCCAACCCCAGGCCAGCCAAGCCCUUGGCCCCUUCCUUGGUACUCAGCCCAUCCCCAGGAGCCUCGCCCAGCUGGAGGGCUGCACCCAAGGCCUCAGACCAGCUGGGCACCAAGAGCCCUGGGACAACUUUCCAAGGCCGGGAUCUCCGAAGCGGGGCCCACACCUCCUCUUCCUCCUUGAACCCCAUGCCACCAUCGCAGCUGCAGAUGCCCACAGUACCCCUUGUCAUGGUGGCACCCUCCGGAGCUCGGCUGGGUCCCUCGCCCCACUUGCAGGCGCUCCUCCAGGACAGGCCACACUUCGUGCACCAGCUCUCAACAGUGGACACCCAUGCCCGGACUCCUGUGCUGCAGGUGCGCCCACUGGACAGCCCAGCCAUGAUCAGCCUCCCGCCACCCACUGCUGCUACGGGGCUCUUCUCUCUCAAGGCCCGGCCUGGCCUGCCACCUGGGAUCAACGUGGCCAGCCUGGAGUGGGUGUCCAGGGAGCCAGCACUGCUCUGCACCUUCCCAAGCCCCGGCAUGCCUAGGAAAGACAGCACCCUUUCGACUGUGCCCCAGGGCUCCUACUCACUGCUGGCAAAUGGUGUCUGCAAGUGGCCCGGAUGUGAGAAGGUCUUCAAGGAGCCAGAGGACUUCCUCAAGCACUGCCAGGCAGACCAUCUCCUGGAUGAGAAGGGCAGGGCGCAGUGUCUGCUCCAGAGGGAGGUGGUGCAAUCUCUGGAGCAACAGCUGGUGCUGGAGAAGGAGAAGCUGGGUGCUAUGCAGGCCCAUCUGGCCGGGAAGAUGGCCCCAACCAAGGCUCCAUCUGCGGCAUCAUCUGACAAGGGCUCCUGCUGUAUCGUAGCCACUGGCACCCCAGGCACCACCGUCCCGGCCUGGCCAGGACCCCAGGAGGCCCCCGAUGGCCUGUUUGCCGUGCGGAGGCACCUCUGGGGCAGCCAUGGAAACGGCACAUUCCCAGAGUUCUUCCACAACAUGGACUACUUCAAGUUCCACAACAUGCGGCCCCCUUUCACCUAUGCCACCCUCAUCCGCUGGGCCAUCCUGGAGGCUCCUGAGAAGCAGCGGACACUCAACGAGAUCUAUCACUGGUUUACACGCAUGUUUGCCUUCUUCAGAAACCACCCGGCCACCUGGAAGAAUGCCAUCCGCCACAACCUGAGCCUGCACAAGUGCUUCGUACGCGUGGAGAGUGAGAAGGGGGCUGUGUGGACCGUGGAUGAGUUCGAGUUCCGCAAGAAGAGGAGCCAGAGGCCCAGCAGGUGUUCCAACCCCACACCUGGCCCCUGAUCUCAGAGCCAAGGAGAGAAGGGAGGACAGGGGAGGGGAUCGAAGUGGCUGGGGGCAGGGGUGACCAGCCCUGGACAUGCCUGCAGGGACCAAGAAGUAAGGUGUGCACUGUCCUGCCAGUCAGGGACCCCACUCCCCAGCUGACUGCCCUCUUGGAUCACACGCUCUGCACCAAGGAUGCUCAGAGGGACCCCAGGCCCAGCCCUGCACCCACUCCCCAGCCCCCUGCGACGGGCUCUUCAGCCAAACUGAGAGUUCACAACCAGUCAUACACACAGCCUGCCUCAGUCACUCUCACAGAUGACCUUGGAGCUGGAAAAGGACACAUAAGAGUCGCAAUCCUGUCCCCUGGGCUCGACACAAACCCCCAAAACAUGAAGAGCCUGCCUCAGUACACUCACACCACCUCAAGUUUGCAGUCACACAGUCACACCCGCAGUCAACCCACAUCCCCCAAAGCACACACCCACAGCCGGCUUCCAGGCCCACAGGUGCAGUGUCACAUAAGGCAGGCCCUGACAACAACACAGAAGCAGCCUCGGGACCUUCAGGAUGUCAGGUUCCAGAAAGCCACCCAGACGCAUGCAUGCAGGUCACACACGGUAACGCAUGGCUCCCAACACACAUGCUUGGUCACACAGACUCUGAACUCACCAGCACAUCUCAUGUGCACAUGCACACCCACGUGUGUGGGUGCACAACACCCCGAUGGGCCUCUGAAGUCCCAGGCAGACACCAAGGGCUACACACACUGACUCACCAAAUGUAUCCAGGGUCU